CGUUUUGUUGUCGUUUGCCCGACUCCGAAAACAAAAAUGUUUGUCGGUGACAAUUUUUUUUAAUUCCUGCAGAUUUUACUGAAUACCUAACGUAAAUUUUGUUUUGACUUUGUUGUGAAAAGUGAAGUGUUUGUGCUGAAUCGAGCUGAUAUCUGCUUCUUACUAGUGAGAGCACCGAACAUACGUCUACCGUUGUUCAAUUCUAAAGGUACAUCAUGAUGGUGUCCUGUGAAAAAUGUUCCACACAAUCCAGCAAAGACGACAUGGUCUGCUGCAAGCAGUGCGGCUGCCACUACGACCGCAAGUGCACCGAGGGCCUGUGCGACGAGGCGGGGGACUGGAUGGUGCCGCCUACAGAAAUUAAACAAUGGCUCUGCAAUAGCUGCCGCCAAUCACCAACGCACGUGCGCUGCGACAUGUGCAAGAGCAUAGUGCGCGAGACGAGUCGCUACGCGGCGUGCGGGCGCUGCGGCCGCCACGUGUGCCGGCGCUGCGCCGCGCUGCCGCCGCCCGCGGCGCUGCGCCGGGCGCCCUGGCUGUGCCGCGAGUGUGAAGGUAACGUGAGCGGCGUGCGGGCGCUGCGGCCGCCACGUGUGCCGGCGCUGCGCCGGGCGCCCUGGCUGUGCCGCGAGUGUGAAGGUAACGUGAGCGGCGUGCGGGCGCUGCGGCCGCCACGUGUGCCGGCGCUGCGCCGGGCGCCCUGGCUGUGCCGCGAGUGUGAAGGUAACGUGAGCGGCGUGCGGGCGCUGCGGCCGCCACGUGUGCCGGCGCUGCGCCGGGCGCCCUGGCUGUGCCGCGAGUGUGAAGUGUCGGUGCCGACCGGCGACCAGCUGUUCGGCUACUCGUUCGCGAAGCACCCGGCGCUGUGGAAGCCGCACGCCACAGAGGUAACUAUUGUUGUUUACAGAAGAGUAUACUGA